AUGGCGUCGCUCGGCGUGGGGCUGCAUCUCAUCCGCAAGCGGGGAGCGGGCAGGAGCGCCGCGGUGGAGAGGAGGAACCUGCUCACUGUGUGCAGGUUUUCAGUGAAGACGCUGCUGGACCGCUCCUGUUUUGAGACAAUAGACGACUCCUCUCCAGAGUUCAUCAACUUUGUCUCCAUCCUGGAGCACAUCCUCAGUCAUCGACUCAAAGGUCAGACCACUUGGUUUGGCUAUGAGAGUCCUCGGAGUUUCUGGGAUUACAUAAAAGCUGCAUGCAGCAAAGUCCCUCAUAACUGCAUCCGAAGCAUCGAGAGCAUGGAGAACGUGCGCUCGUCGAGAGCUAAAGGCAGGGCGUGGAUCAGAGUGGUCCUGAUGGAGAAAAGAUUAUCAGAAUACAUCUCAUCUGCACUGAGGGACUUCAAAACCACCAGGAGGUUUUACGAGGAUGGAGCAAUCAUACUGGGGGAGGAGGCCGGGCUGUUAGCAGACACACUCAUCGGACUCAACACCAUUGACUUCAGCUUCUGUCUGAAGGGGGAGGGUGUGGACGGCAGCUGCCCCGCUGUGAUUGACUACACGCCUUACCUGAAGUUCACUCAGAGCGCGGACAGCAUCAGCAGUGACGAGGAGGAGAUGAGGACGAUGGGGAGCAGCGGCAGCGAGAGCAGCACCCCCGACAAAAUGGCCACCGCCGCCUCCAUCUUCACCGAGCAGAGCAACUUGGUCAGCAAGUGCAAACGCUUUGAGCAGAAGUAUCGCCUGGCGCUGGAGCAGAAGGGUUACCUGGAAGAGCUGGUCCGUCUCCGAGAAGCCCAGCUGUCAGAGGCGGUGUCCAGUAACAAAGCUCUUCAGCAGAGCCUAGCAGACACACACCUCACCCACACACUGGAGAAAGAACAGCUUGAGUACAUCAUACUGGAACUACAGGACCAGCUGACGGUGCUGAAGAACAACGAUUUGCGGUCCAGACAAGAGUUGACGGCCCAUCUGACCAAUCAGUGGCCAUCUCCCGUUGCCUUGGAUGCCAACGCCGUUGCCUUGGACACGCUGCUGUACAGGAAGAGCACAGGACAGUGGGAGGAGAAGAGUUUCCAGAGUCUGGAGCAGCUGUCGGCAGACAUGAGCCUCUCCCAGACGUCUCUCGAACCGUCACACACACUGAGUCUGGAGGCCAGGCCGGCCGGCGCACACUGGCCCCGCCAAGGUAAAGAGGAAACUCCGUCUCUAAGAGGUCUGUGUGGCUCCCUGACCUCGGUUGCGAGCUACAAGUCUCUGGCCAGUCUGAAGUCCAGCGAGUGUUUGGCCAGUCCUGCAACAGAGGUCAGCAGCCCAGGCAUCACUCCUUCGUAG